AAACAUUGAACUGCCAUGCGGGGCGUGCAGAUCUUCUCGGGGACUUCCCAUCCCGGCCUCGCAGAUACCAUCUGCGAGCGCCUGGGUGCCUCUCCCGCCAAAGCCGACCUGGGCAAAUUUGCCAACGGUGAGACCAGCGUCAACAUCGGCGUCUCCGUCCGUAACCAGGAUGUCUACAUCCUGCAGAGUGGCAGCAAUAAGAUCAAUGACAGUGUCAUGGAGCUUCUCAUCAUGAUCUCCGCGUGCAAGGGUGGUUCGGCCAAGUCUAUUACUGCGGUCAUGCCGUAUUUCCCCUACUCGCGUCAAUCCAAGAAGAAGAGCCAUCGCGGCGCCAUUACCGCCCGUAUGCUCGCCAACCUCCUCUCCAUCGCCGGCGUGGACCAUGUCAUCACCAUGGACCUGCACGCAUCUCAGAUGCAAGGCUUUUUUGGCAAACCGGUCGACAACCUCUUCGCCGAGCCCUUCAUUGCCCGCUGGAUCCGGAUGAAUGUGGAGGGCUGGAGAGAUGCCGUGGUGGUGAGCAAGAAUGCCGGCGGUACCAAGCGAGUAACUUCGCUGGCCGAUACCCUGAAGCUGAACUUUGGAAUCGUGACCACCGACCGGCGCCGCCCCAAGGUCCCCGUCACCAUGUCCGACAGCACCGUCUUUUUCGACGCCGUCGAUGAAGAGGCUCGGAUUCCCAAGGGCCAGCAGCCGUUCGCGCUUCACCUGCAGAAUGCCCAGGGUACCUCUUCCAUCCCGGAGAAGACCGAGCCGAUCAAUGUUGCGCGGACGCUUCUGCGUCCCGAGACUCCCCCCGCGGCUCGUCGCCCAUCGGAGCUCGAGGCUCAACACGAAUACACUGAUCUACGGGUGCAGGAUGUCAUCACCGGUCGUCUGGUCCAAGGUCAGUUGGUAGACGAUGAUUAUCACCCCGAGUCCGGCUCUCAGUCCGAUGGCACCACUCCUGGCGCCGUUGGCAGCGGCAGCGCCGACAAUACCGAGGUGGUCCCCGAUGCCAUGUGCAACUCGAUGGUCUCCAAUGCAUCCUCUCUACCGCCCGACCACGCGCUGGGCGGCUCCUUUGACGCUGCCGAGUCGGAUGACGAUGAGGCGAGCGUCGUGGGCUACGAACACCAUGAAAAGACCAUCACACUGGUGGGCGAGGUCCGCAAUCGGCCCGUGUUCAUUGUGGACGACAUGAUUGACAAGAGCGGAUCGUGGAUCGCCGCCGCCGAGACUGUCGUGAAGCGCGGCGGUGCUCGCAAAGUGUACUGCAUUGCGACCCACGGUCUCUUCGGAACCGAUUCGCUCGCUCAGAUGGAGGCGUGCCCUUCCAUUGACCACAUCGUCGUCACCAAUACCUUCCCAAUCGAGCCGUCGAUGAUUCGGCGAUCAAAGAAGUUGAUCGUCAUCGACGUCUCCACCCUCCUAGCGGAGAGCAUCCGGCGUCACCACUACGGUGAAAGCGUCUCGGCUCUCUUCCACCUUAAUGACUGA